AUGUUGCUAGCCGCCAAGCUCUUCAGCAUGCCUUCCGCUAAACAGAUCAAACACAGCCACCAAGAGAUGCCAAGCCGACCCGGCUCAGCAGCCUCUGUGGCUUCUUCCACAUCCAGCUUCCGCAUCCCGGGCAUUCAGGCUUUGGCACCUCCCGCUUCUCGACAGUCAACACCCUCAGAUCCCAGCUUCGUCUUGCCUGCCUCUUAUGUUCGUCUGUUCACCCCAGAUACGGACGCGCAGGCUACAUCGCAGUCUCGAACUCUUCAUAUACCUUCCCGCCAGAAUGUAGACUGGCUCAACACGCAUAGCGCCCCACCGCCCAGAGAGUUUCUCGAAAGAUCACAAACUCCUCGGGAACAUCCACAGCCUCUCCAAGUCAAUCAGCGGCUUCACGGCCAGGGACAUUUUGCAGCGUCGGAGAGUCUUCGUCAAUCAGGCCCAACAGACGAACCGCUUCGUCCCUUUACCGCCUCAUCAUACCAUCGAUCCAGGCUUGUCACCGCCGACGGAUCCUCCUCCAACUACAUCUGUGCCGUCCUCGAAAAUCGCGGAACCGGCCGCGAAGUUGGCAUUGCUUCGUUGGAGAGAGACACAGGCACGUGCGUGAUCACCCAAUUUGCAGACACGCCUACUUACGUCCGCACCAUCCAUCACAUGUCGCUCUACCCACCGAGCGUGCUCCUGGUUCCGGCUUCAGGCGUGGUCACUCGCAACGGACCAUCCUCUGCGUCGACUUCACGCGCUUCCAAGCGUAUAAAGAUCCGGGAUCAAGGAGCAAGCGAGCCAGACUUUGAAGAUGCUCCUACGUCAGACUACAGGAACGGCACUUCGGUACUCAUCCGCUGCCUAGAAGAGCUCUUUGACAUCCAGGCUUCUCCGAUCCCGCGCAGAUCCUGGGACUACCAAGAGGGCGCACGUUAUCUCGAUCGUCUCCUGGUCGAUGACAUUGAUCAAGCAAAUGAAGCCAAGGAGAUCGAUCUCGGGCUAUCAUCACGCGACCGUCAGACUGCACCGCUUGCCAGUCAGGGAUCAGAGCGUCCUGCCACGUCGCGUCCUCAGACGGGCCUUACUUCGCUUGACUUCAGCGCAAAAGCCUCGACGCGAGCAGCGAUCCUGGUGGCGGUCGCCGACAAGUUUUUCCUUCUUUCGGCAGUGGCGGCGCUAUUCGACUUCUUCUCACAGAGCUUGAACCGAAUCUUCACUCCAAGGUCACUGCGAAUCCAGUUCGUCGUUCCUGAAGGCACCAUCUUGAUCAACAGCAACACGGCGCAUGACCUCGAACUGGUCCGCAAUCUCAUCAAUCCCAGCUCGAAGGACUGUCUUUACGGUCUCCUGGAUCAUUGUGCCACUCCAAUGGGUCGCCGACUUCUCAAGAUGAACAUUCUCCAGCCGAUGAAAGAUCUCGAUGCGAUCGCCGUCCGACAGGAUGCUGUAGCAGAAUGUAUCCGAGACGAGGAGCGAUUCCAUGCCAUCCGCCAGAGCUUGAAGCCUAUUCGAGAUGGUGGCAUCGACCUAGACAAGCUCAUUAACGCUCUAUCGUGCUGCGAGCGCCGCGUCGCAACUCCUCGGAGCGAGACAGAGAGGAAGGUCGGAAGCAUUCUGAGCUUGAGGACACUGAUCCGCUCGCUAUCCUCUGCUCGAGCUGCUCUCCAGAACGCUUCAAGUGGUCUGCUGCAGGCUGUCCAGCUGUUCCUUGACUCCGAGGAGCUCGACCUGAUCGCCGAAGCUAUUUAUCAGACCAUCGACGACGACAUCAUCCAUGCCAAAGGAGGCCUAAGUAGUCGAAACGCUAAGCUCUAUGCUGUUCGAGCGGAGAAGAGCCCACUGCUCGACGUGGCGAGAGAGACGUACAAGGAGAACAUCAACGACAUCUUGCAGCUUUGCGAAGCGGAAUCUCAGGAGACUGGCUUGUCCAUCACGCUCAAGAUGGUUCAUACGGGCUUCCUAUUCCAGACAAAGUGCGAGCGGAGCCGCAUCAAAAGCCUUCCGGAGCGUUUCACCAACAUCACCCCGGCAAAGACGGGCAACACCGUCACCAUGUUGACACUGACCCUCAAGAAGCUCAACGCCCGACUCGUGGAAUCGAUGAACGAGGUCUUGACCAUGUCGGACACCAUCAUCGAUGAACUCAUCGAAGACAUCAUUGGCAAAGUGGCGUCUCUGUACAAGGUGUCCGAGGCGCUCUCGCUGCUCGACAUGGUGGUGAGUUUCGCGAUCGUCUCGAUCGCCAACGACUACGUCCGACCGGCUUUUGGCGACUCGCUCGACAUCCGCAGCGCACGGCACCCGAUCCUGGACUGUGUCGACGUCCCGGCUUCUGGCUCUUCGGCCAUCUUCAUGCGACGCCGACGAGCGUUUGUGCCCAACGACAUCUACCUCGGUGCGGGCGAGCGGGUGUGCCUGAUCACAGGCCCCAACAUGUCUGGCAAGAGCACCUUCCUGCGUCAGAUCGCACUCAUCACUGUGCUUGCAGGCAUCGGGUGCUUCGUCCCGGCGACGCGCGCUACGCUGCCCAUCCCCGAUGCCAUCCUGAGCCUGCUCACCCACGAGGACGAUGCGACGCAGAACCUGUCGACGUUUGCGACCGAGAUGCGCACGUCGGCCUUCAUCCUCAGCGUGGGCUCGCCUCACUCGCUCGUCAUCCUCGACGAGAUGGGCCGCGGCACGAGUCCCGACGAGGGAUCGGCCGUAGCAACGGCGAUCGUCGAAGAGCUGCUCAACGACAAGGGGAGCACCGUGUUCUUCGCCACGCAUUUUGGCGAGCUCGUCGACGGCUUCGACGGCAAGGACGGCGUCGUGUGCCAGCAUCUGCACGUGAGCACGGUGCAGGAGCGCCUGGACGUCAGCCUCGUCUUCCAUCACAAGCUCCACCUGGGUCCCGGGCUGGACACGCACUACAGCUUGCAGGUGGCCAAGAUGAUGCGCUGCUUCGGCGACGGCUUCCUGCAGCACGCACAGCAGAUCGCCGAGGCGGAGCAGGCGAGCUACGCCAGCCGCGCACGAGAGGUGAGCCCGGACACGCGCGCCAGGAGGACGAUGUUGCGCAAGAUCGUGCGAGACCUGCGCCGCUUGUUGCACGAAUCACGCACCGAGGCAGCUGGCGAGGGCGGGGGGCCAGAGCACCAGGGCGAGUCGCUUGCGCAGAAGUUGACGCUUCUGCGGCUGAACGCAGCGACGGAUCUGGCAUCGACGUUCGCAGGGUAG